AUGCAGCGAUUGAUCUUCACGAUCUUCAAUGUUUUAUCACUCUAUGUGCACUAUACCUUUUUAUCUUCAUCUGAAAAAUCACUUUUUCAAUUCACCGAAGAAGCUCGAGCUGCCCUAUGUCCAUUUGUUGGAACUGAAGGAAUGAGAUGUUUUGAUGACAGUCCUGCAAAAUCUUCUGGCAGAACUUUUGGUUCAGACUAUAUGAAGUUACCACGUGGUGUUGGCAUCAGUGUCGAUCGAAGCAGUGGUCGACUCAUGGCUCCAGCUGUAGAAUUAACAUAUUCAUCUCAAGGCAGUCGUAUAUGGACUGAUGGUCAUACGGGUGCAAUGUUUGACAUGUUUAAUGAAGCAAUACUUGGACCAGCUAAUAGAGUGGUAGCUGCUUACGACAUAGCCAGUGUCCAGGUUUUUCGCAAUGCUUCACAGUUGAAUGCGGCAUGGCGACAAACAUUUGCUGAUGGAAAAGUUCGUGGAGGAGAGUUAGCCCAUUCGCCUGACUUGCUUGACUAUUUCAAUAGGUGA